AUGACGGCGUUUUACAAGGGCUUGCUGAACCGCGGCGAGGAGAGGCACCAGGACAUGAUGAAGGCUGCCGAGGAACAGGCCAAGAAUGCGCCUGCGGAGCGCGAAAAGAAGGAGGAGAAGGGGCAGCAGCAGCAGCAGCAGCAGCAGCAGCAGGACGAGGAGCAGCCUGACAAGGAAGCGACGGACGCCAACAGGGCGAGCGAGAUCAACAAGAAGGGUGGCAAGAUUGCCAUCAACGAAGACGGCCAGGUCGUCGACAAGCGCGAGCUACUACGGGGCGGCCUCAACGUCGGCGCCAAGAAGGAGGCACAGGUCAGGAGGGAGGCCAGCCGGCCAAAGGAUGACGGGCGCGACCGGGGUUCGGGCUCGGGCUUUGUCGGUGCUGGCGGCAAAGGCGCCAUGCGCGAGCGGCAGACGCGCAUGCUCGAGCAGCAGCUCGCCGAGUCGCUCAAGCGGUCACGCGAGGAGGAGGAACAGGAGCGCGAGAAGAUUGAGACGUCGGCCAAAUCGAGGAAGACGGAAGGCGAGAUCUCGAGCGCCAAGGAGAGAUACCUGGCGAGAAAGCGCGAGGCGGAAGAGGCAAAGAAGAAAAAGACGGCUGAGUAG